UGCAUCUAUCAGCCAGACAGGAGGAGGUGACAACGAAUCAACAUCAGAGACUGCCGAAAAGUGUUUUUCCAUCCAAUUUUCUUCUGGGCCGGAAUAUGGAUUUUUUGCAAAUUUUCCACCUUUAAGUUUUGUAAAAAUGGAAUCCAUAUAGUUGUCCGCAUUGAAAAAGCAACUGUGCAUCUCGGAUAACAGGCUCGAAACGAGACGAUUGAAGCGCUUUUUGGCCAUCUCCAAUAAACUACGAAGCUUACUUAGAAGACAAGGGGAGGAUAGAAUAAAAAGCGAUUCAAGAUGCUUCCACUCACGCAUAAAGACUCCCGGGGAUUCACGUACAAGGUGCGGGAGAAGGUGAACAGUCUGACCAGAUUGAUAUUCUCGGAUCGGAACUCGAGGAACCUCUUUCUGUUUCUGCUGCUGAAUCUGAGCUUCGCCUUCGUGGAACUUAUGUACGGAAUAUGGACCAACAGUUUAGGUCUGAUUUCCGAUUCAUUCCACAUGUUCUUCGACUGUACGGGAUUGUUGGCCGGGUUGGCUGCGUCGGUCAUCACCAAGUGGAAGGCAAACGAUAAGUACUCGUACGGUUAUGUCCGAGCGGAAGUGCUGGCCGGUUUUGUGAACAGUCUGUUUUUGCUGUUCAUUGCCUUCUUCAUCAUGUCUGAGGCGGUGGAGCGUGCCAUUGAGCCUCCGGAGGUUAAGCACGAGCGCUUGUUUGUGGUGUCAGUUUUGGGAUUGCUGGUCAAUCUGGUCGGUAUUUAUGCAUUCCAACAUGGAGGUCAUGGACACAGUCACGGUGGUCAUGGCCACAGUCAUGGCGGUGGAGGUCAUGGACAUUCUCAUGGUGGUCACAGCGAUACACAUCACCUGUUAGCAAACAAUCAUGGACACAGCCAUGGAGGCGAUGAUCAUCACGGACAUAGUCAUGGUUCGGCAUCUAUCAAUAUGGAUCAAACGAUCUCCUCGAAUAACUCGCAGAUUAUGCGCGGAGUCUUUCUGCACAUAUUGGCCGAUACUCUUGGAUCGGUGGGAGUUAUCAUUUCGGCAGUUCUGAUGCAGCUGUUCGGUUGGAUGCGGGCUGAUCCAAUCUGUAGUAUGUUCAUAGCACUAACGAUCGGUCUGAGCACUCUGUCGUUGAUUAAAGAAUCGGUUAUGGUUUUGAUGCAACGACAACCGGUGGGCUUGGAUCGUGUGCUGCCACAAUGCUACCAGAAGGUAACGGGACUGGCAGGAGUAUACAGCGUACAGGAGCCACACUUUUGGACGCUCUGCAGCGAGGUCUACGUUGGGGCCAUCAAGCUGGAGGUGUCCAAAAAUGUUGAUCCUCGUUAUGUCGUUCAACACACGCGCAUGAUCUUCGAAGCGAUCGGCGUCCGGCAAAUCUACAUCCAGCUCGACUAUGCCGCAAUGUGAUAAGUUAGUUGUGUGAAAUAGAGCUAUCGAGUAAGUAUAUUUGUCUAGGAUCGCGUGCGUUGUCUCUUCGUUUUUAUCGGAGGUCUUAUUUUCCAAUUUUCGGUUCUACUUAUGUAUGAGCGCGUGGAAGCGAGUUAAAACACACCGUAUUGACUGGUCACUAGGAACUUAGAAAAGUUAGCAUUUUGACCCUAAACAGAGCAGAACGGAUGUAAAUUGAACACACAAUAUUCUAUAUUCGAGGUACCUACACUUUUUUGAGUGAAUGGACAGUACAUCAUUAUUAUAUUUAGUUGAAGGUAUUUUUUUUUUUCGAAGCUAACCCUAACGGUUAGAUGUGCUGUUUCCGUCAAACAGGUGUUACAAAGAUUAAGGACCUAAUUUUAUUGUACUUUGUUUCAAUUGGGAAACAAUAGAUAGGGCUGCGUUGAAACCUUG